CCUCAACAAUUGAAAACCGUACAAAUUCAAUUUCUUCACAUAAAGCUCUCUCUUCCUUGUCAUUCUUCCUCCUUUGAAUCUUUUUCUCUCCGCACAAUCCCCAAAUGUCCGAUAGGAUACUGUGCAAGUUCUUUGUCCAUGGCUCGUGCUUGAAAGGCGAAAAUUGUGGAUUUUCCCAUGAUUCUAAGGAUCCGCCUCAUAAUGUUUGCACAUUCUAUCAAAAAGGAAUAUGUUUGUACGGAAGUAGAUGUAGAUACGAUCAUGUCAGAGCUGCUUCCAAUGUUCCUCUUAGCUUAGAUUCUGAGUCUCUGGAUCGCUCUAUAUCCACCACUCCCUCUAGGAAUCUGCAACUACAAGGAACACCCGAUAAUAAUGACGGUGAUAAAUCCCCUAACGUCUAUUGUAUCCACCCAAGAGAGUACCCGAUCUGCUCUUUUGCUGCAGCUGGUGAUUGCCCUCGAGGAAACCAGUGUCCUCAUAUGCAUGGAGACCUCUGCAAUACUUGUGGCAAGAAGUGUUUGCAUCCUUUCAGACCCGAAGAACGAGAAGAGCACACUAAAGAAUGUGAGAAGAAGCAAAAGCACAUUGAGGCUUUGAAACAAAGUCAAGAUAUCGAGUGUAGCGUGUGUUUGGAUCGUAUCUUGUCAAAGGCAACUCCAGGGGAAAGGAAGUUUGGGCUGUUGACCGAGUGCGAUCAUCCGUUUUGUAUACAAUGCAUUCGUAAUUGGCGUAGCAGUGCUCCUGUUUCGGGAAUGGAUGUCAACAGUACGUUGAGAGCUUGUCCUAUAUGUCGCAAACUCUCUUAUUUUGUUGUCCCCAGUGUUGUCUGGUACUCUACUCCUGAAGAGAAAAAGGAAAUUAUCGACAUAUACAAGGCAAAACUAAGAUCUAUUGACUGUAAGCACUUCAACUUUGGAAAUGGAAACUGCCCAUUUGGAGCAAGUUGUUUCUAUAAGCAUGCAUAUUCUGAUGGUCACUUGGAAGAAGUUGUUUUACGGCAUCUUGGUUCUCAAGAAGGAGAAACUGUAAUAACAGGCGGUAUCAGGCUAUCAGAGUUGCUUGGAGGCCUGCAGAUUUUCUAAAAUAUUCUUUCCCAUAUAAUCAAUCGAAUAACACUAGGUGGUGAUGACAACUUAUUUUCUUAUCAAACUCAUUUUGAUUCUGAGUUUUGACAAUCCUCUUAAAUAAGAAAUGGAGACAUGCUCAGAGAGGAUAAUAGUUAAAAAGAGAUCAGGACACAGGAGAAACUCAAAUGUAAUAAUAUUUUAGAUAGGGAAUGUCUACUACACAAUAAUGUAAAAAAAAAGUGUGAAUAUACCCAACAAAAUAAUGUAAAUAAUGCUUUUCAUAGCACUUCAUCUGUAAGAUAUUUUAGAUAAUAAAAUUUGAGUUUCUAU